AUGUCGAUUUGCCAUUGUCUUGUCGUUAGAAAUCCUGAAUUUGGGUCUUUCUUUUACCUAAAGUCCUUGCUGCAGAGGUUGCUGUUCGACAAACCUACUUCCUCUAGCUAAUUGUAACUGUUAACGAAAGAUACUUACUGUUCUUCUGCAGGAGAAUGGUCAGGAGUCUGAACCAAUGAAUGACCAUGAGGGGAGACAUUACACAUGCUACCUACCAGUCAAAGAAACCAAGACCAUGAAGUCGAUUGUCCCACAGAAUGCAACCAAUGUUAUCAUAGAAAGCGAACGACCUGAUGAGGUGGAGAAGAAGGACCACCGGCUGUCCGGCUCCAUGGUCCAAUACACCAUGGACCUCCAGCCCCACAUUAGCUGCACCCCCCUCUCACCUCGAGAGCGACAAGAAGAAGGGCCAUGCCUAUGCGACUGCCUCGGGCUGGGGCUGGUGCACCUUGGGCUGGGGCUAGGUUGGAUCAGCUCCGCCUGGGAGAAGUUGCAGCAGUGCCUGAGUGGCAAGGAGAAGGCCUGGGUGCUGAUGUGCCAUUCUAUUGUGCAGAUGUGUUAUUGUUCUAUUAUGCAAUUCUAUUUGUUCUUGCUAUAUUCCUGUGUAAGGAAAUGUAUUCAAGAGAUGACUUAUUGUGUUAUGUAAACCUGGGAGAUGUAU